AUGACGGGUAAUAAUAACAACAAUAACAACAAAGCAUUUCCCAUCGCCGCCUUCAAGCAAGUUCAUGGUCAUUUUGAACGAGGACGCACUUUUGAGUUUGACGCCUACUAUCGAAUUGUGAAGCUGGCAUUCCUAGAACCUCGGUCACCUGGACUCAUCCGCAUGCUGGAGCAAAAGUGGUCGCGAAACCGGUUUGGAACGAAGACGCCCAAGAUGAGGGACAAGAAUGAGUGGCAUUCCAGUCUGAACAGAAGGUGGGCAGUGGUCAAGUUCGAGAGAUACGACAGUGAUUCCCCGCAGGCUGAGGCAUUAGACCCGCCGCAUAUCGCGAGGAAUCCCGAUUCGUUUUCGGCAUGGAAAGAGACCAGGAGUGUCAAUGAAUUGCUCAAGGAGCUGAGAAUGAAAGACCUGGAAGCAGGGAAUGGUGACAAAAAAUGA